ACUCCUCUCCUCUAUAAACUUGACUACCCACCCUCAUCACUCCUCUGCAUUCAAUAACUUGCUGCUGAGCGACAGAAACCAAAACAAAAAAAAGAAAAAGAAACAGAAUAAUGGCAACAACUACACCAGAAAAAUCCCUCCCCAUCCCUCCCCUCAAAACCCACAAACUCUUCUUCCUCUCCCAGAUUUCCCUCAGGCUCUUCGCCGCCGCCGCCACUCUCGCCGCCGCAUGGAUCAUGCUCACCGCCAAACAAUCCUCCGUCGUCUUCGGCAUCCAAGUCGACGCCCGCUACUCCUACUCCCCCACUUUCAAGUUUUUCGCGUACACGAAUCUCAUCGUGUGCGCCCUGACGAUCCUGUCGCUGUUCUUCGCCUACAUCGGCAACAAGGCCGUGGAUCCGGCUUACCACUUCUACAUUUUCCUGCAUGAUUUGAUGGUGACGAUGCUGCUGAUGGCGGCGUGCGCGGCAGCGACUGCGGUGGGGUACGUGGGGAAGUACGGCAACAGCCACGCUGGAUGGGUGGCGAUCUGCGGCUACUUUGGAAAAUUCUGCCACAAGGCUACUGCUGCUUCGUCCAUUUCGUAUUUGGCUCUUGUUGUGUACCUCAUUCUCACUGUCCUCUCUGCCAACAAGGCUCGCCAUAUCGUCGUUUGAUUGAACCUAUGUAUGUAUGUAUGUAUUUGCAAAUUUAAGUUUAUUUAGGAGAUGAUUUCAACAUAUAUUAUACUACUAGGUCCUAGGAGUACUUAUUAAGAUAUGAAGUAUAUGUAGUUUGUUAUGUUAAUGCUAAGUAGUGUUUGUUUUGACUCUGAAGAAACAUGAGAAUGAAUUAUUUGCCAUAGAA